CUAAGAAUAUAUAAGUAGAUACGUAUUUCUAAGCAUAAAUGACAAUCACAAUACAAAUCUAACACAAAGUGUGUUUAUAUGUUGUCUCUUGGCCACUGUUUUAGUGUUAUAAUAAGACACCUUGGAGGAAAUGAUAACAUGCUGUCCUAAUUGUGUUUUACGUACAGAGAGUUAUUAAUAAAAGUAUGUUAAAAAAGGAAAUAAUGUCACUCCAACAGUGUACCCACUAUGAAAACUGUUGGUGCUGUUGUACUGUAUCACAUCCACAUCAUUAUUGAUUACUUAAAUUUCACUAAGUAGUAACCUUGAAAUUUGUCUUUGGUAUUAGGUCAAGGAAGCCAUGCCAGCAAGCCAAACACAGGCGUGUGCCUUGUUAUAAAAUACUUGAACAUUGUUCUACUAAGAACAAUGUAGUCUUUAAAAUUCCUACAUACAAUUCAGUAACAAUUAUUAAAGUCUAAUAGGUCAAGAUGACAACAUUUGCUACAAACUGGAAUCUGCAUCAAGAAUCAACAGUUAAGGUGGGAAUGAUUCUUAGAUCUGAUGUGAUUGUCUUCAAAAACAUGAUCCUUUGUUGCACUUACUAUGAACAACUGCUGCUAGAACAAUACUCAUGUCUGUGAGGUCAGCCUCGUGUUCUACAUAAAAUUCAAAUAAGACGUACCAUUUUCAAGUACAAAGGCAAGAUCAAAGACAACACAUGGUUAAAACUCAGCAUUUUUAAAAUAUAAAUUAUGUAAGCCACAUAUCAGAAAACAGUAGAAAUGACAUGAAUAGACUGGUUUGUCAUCACCAAUAUAACUGUUUUUAUUCUGAAUUAGACUAUUAUGUUUACUAUGUCAACAGUAGCACAGAUAAAAUAGCAUGGACGAAGCUGACAGCAGAGGAUAAGCAAUUUGGAGGUUUUCCACAGUACUAUACCAGAUUUUCUUCGUAUGGUUGUACUUUUUGAUUUAUCUGCAAACUGUUGUCACGUGGGUUGAUACAAUAGAAUGUUCGUGGAAAGAAAACCAAAAGUCAUCUUUGAUGUAUGGCACAAGUGUGACUGACAAGUUUCCAUGCAAUAAAAGGUGUCAGUGUACUGUAGUAACACCCAUCUCAUUUUAGUUCAUUUUUCUUUUACAGCCCCAGGUUGGGACGCUGUGUAGAAUGUAAAUAAAAACAGAAUUCAGUGUUUUUCAAAUCUCCUAAACUCAUAUUUUAUUCAUAGUAGAACAUAGAACACAUAUCAAUUGCUUAAACUGAGAAAUUUUUCCAUUUUAAUUAAAUUAUUAGAUCAUUUUGAACUUGAUGGCAGUAACAUGUCUCACAAAAGUUGGGACAGGGCCAUGUUUCCCACUGUGUAGUGUUCUUUUCUUUUUACAACACUGUAAACAUCUGGGAAUUGAGGAGACCAGUUGCUGGACUUUAAGGAGAGGAAUGUUUUCCCAUUCUUGUCUGAUGUAAGAUUCUAGCUGCUCAACAGUCCUUGUUUUGCUGAAAUAAGCAAGGCCUUCCCUAAAAAGAUGUUGUUUGGAUGGGCGCAUAUGUUGCUCCAUAUCCUGGAUCAUCUUUCAGCACUGAUGAUGCGUUUCCAUAGGCACUAAUGCUCCCCCAUACCCUCAAAUGUGGGUUUUGAAAAUCAUUGCAUUUUAUUUUAACUUGCAUUUUACAGUGUCUCAACUUUUUUGAGUUGGAGUUAUGUAAUAAAGCUGUAAAACUAUCUUUAUAAUUACAUUUGAUAGUUCACCUUCAAGAUGACACUUGAGGUGUCUUUAAUGUUUGACUUCUCAUGAUAAUUACUCUCUUUACCUACAGUCAGGUAUUCAGGAGGACCAGAGUGAUUCCUCAGAGCUGGAGUUAUCCAUUUGCUCAGACACAGAAUACAACGCAAGCUAGAGUUCAGAGUCUAGUGCUGGUGAAACCCACAGUAUGCAAAGUAAGAGGCUUAAGAUCCCUUAAUUUUCUAGCAAUACAGAGAUGAUCAAGACAUGAGAAAUGUGACUGUUAAAAAGAAAUCCAGAACACAUGGGAAAAGGAGAAAUAAUCACAAGAAAAAAAAUAAAUAAACGUAAAAUCAAAGGUGACUGUAAAAACGUGUACAAAAAGCAAGGACAAACGAGUAUGGGACAAGAGGCACUGUCUUUACUGUGGUAAGUCUCAAGCAAAAAUUUCAAGACAUCUGCAGAGGAAGCACAUGGAGAUGACAGAGUUGGCAUAUGCCUUUAGCUACCCUCCGAGUUCUAAAGAAAGGAAGGGUCUUUUUGGAACAACUAUGCAAUAAGGGAGACUGAAAGCACAACAGCAAAGUGCUACAAAAGGGCAGAGGAGAAGUUGUAAUAUGGAAGCAGCCAUCUAAUAAAGCACUGGUUGCAGACUAUUUACAUUGCUGUUACUGCUUUGGAAUGUUUAGCAAAAAUCUUAUGGAAACAUCAGUCAACGUGCAAAAGUAAAAAAUCAUGUGCGGCAGACAGCUCAAAAACCAGACGGGCAAGUGUCCAGAGUUAUGCUGCACGCCUGCUUCCAUUAAGUUUCAUCUGAAAGUUGUCAGACUUUACGUAUGUCCCAAUUCCUAGGCCGCAUCCUUCAAAGAAGAAGGAAAAUUCGUGGUCUACAGCCCACGUAGACCACAAAGGCCAGGUCCUUUGAAGGCCGGAAGUGCGAGGCAGUGAAAUGGGACGGGCUAGCCUUCAGAUCUGCAUCACCAGCUGUUCCCGCCCUUACCACUUCUCCCCCUCGGUGAAAUGAUGGAUCCAUAAACUCUCACUCUUUUUCUUGUUUUUUACUUAAGUAUAAUAAUCAAAGUAAUGUUUUAAAAAAUUAUUAUUAUUAUUAUUAUUAUUUUUUUUAAAGAAGAACAGCAACAUUAAUAAUAGUGACAAGACCACAGUACUGCAGGAUUAACAUGAGUGUCCCAGUCCUGGACUGUUUUUUUUUUUUCCACCAGGCUCCUGAUUGGCUAUCACGGCGUGACUUGAAGCUGGAGUUCAGAUUUUUCCAACUCGAGCAGUAGACGCGAUAAGCGCGAAUGCACAAAAUGCACCACACAAACUUGAAAAAGAUUCAUAGAAGCUGGCAGAGUUCCUGACAAGUCGGACUGUAUUGAGUUUAUUGAAGCUUUACAAAAAGAACUUGGACAAAGGACAUGGAAAGCAGUUAAGUUCCAUGUCAAAAACAGAAUCACAGCACUCAGGCACCAGAAUUAUAGAGGUAAAAUCAAAGAGUAGUCAAAAACUGCUAAUUAUACCCUUGACUCCAGAGGGUUAAAAGCACCCCUAAAAGGUCAGUUUUCACUGUAAACUACGUUCCUGAAAUAUUACAGAAAUUGUAUUUUCUUUUUCUGAGACAGUGUAUUGCAACAAGGCAACCAAGAGUGAAGAUUAAACCCAAAGAUGCACAUUUUUCAUUUUUGGGUAGGGACAAGGAUGGAUUUGAGGUAAAAAUUAAUCAAUUUAUUCAAAGGUGAGGUACAAAGAUACUUGAAGAUUUUUGGUAUAGUCAUAAGUUUAACCACUGUGGUAGACUAAUGCUGACAUUUCCUAUUUUCUUAAGGUCAAGGAGUGUUUAGUAGGUGGCUACUUUGAUAAAGGAGACUUCCUUGUGAAAUAUCGUGGAGAUGUCAUAAGCAAGAAGGAACAUGGAACACUAACGGUGCGUACACACCGAACGCGAUAGAAGCGACCAAAAGGCGCCACAUGCUCCUAGCUGGUCGCUUGCACAUUCGCACCUCGAAAAGUGUCCAAAGCGAACUGGUCGCGCUUCAAAAGAUGCAAUUUUCACGUGCGUGAAGUGGAAAUGUGGGAGGAAGUAGUGCCAGACGGUAUGUUUGCAAGAUGGCAGCUGUCGAUCUAGCAUUUGAAGACAGAGAGUCUCCCUUCUCCAUUUACCUGGGUCCAUCAGGUCCUCCAGAAGCGUGAGCAGUUUGGUGAGUUUCACCACUUGCUCCAGGAGCUGCGUCUGGGCGACGGCCGCUUUCAGCGGUACCAUCUGUCCCUUGCCCAGUUUGAGGAGCUGCUGUCCCGUGUCGGCCUCUACCUGGUGGAGAAGACCGUGGAGCCCAGCCCCAUGUCUCUGUAGCUGAUGAAGUGUUCCCGCUGCAGCGGGAGCUCAUGAGGCCUUUCCCUGGACGCCUCCUCCCAUUAGAGAAGAGGAUCUUCAGCUAUCGCCUCUAUGGGGCCUGGCUGGUAGUGGAGUGUGCCUGUCCUCACAGUGAGGUUGUAUGGGCGCUCCAUGGAGCUCAGUCCUGAAGUUGCGGAGAAGUGUGUAAAGGCGACGUGUGUUCUCCACAAUUUUCUGCGCUGUUUGGACCAGAGAGGGGAGCCUGCUGUGGUGGAGCCGCUGCAAGGCCUGGGUCGCGUAGCAGCCAACAACCCCUCCAGACAGGCUAUCCUGGUGAGGGAGAAGUUCAUGGCCCACUUCUCGGCGGAGGGAGCAGUGUCUUGACAGCCAAAAGAAUAGCCUAUUUGAAGUCCCAGUGACUUCCCCACAAUGGCUCUGAGCCACCCACAAACCUCUAAAGAGCGUUCCUGCCUUUUUAAAAUUUUCUUAAUAAAUGGAGCUUGCCUCCAAAAUAAACUAACCUCCUCUCUUUAUUUUAUAUUAUACUAAUGAAAAAAUAUACUACUAUAUAGGAACAUAGUGAAGACCAAUUAUUUAAGAGAAUAAAUUCUACAUGUGUCAAGUUGUGUGCUAAUAUUUGCUGUGUAGUAGAACUGAGACAUUAGUCAUUACAAAAAUUUAUUUGAAAUAAUAUUAAAAUUCUCAAACAGAAAAACAUUAAACAAAUAUAUAAAAUAUAACUAUUUACAGAGAGACAGGAAUAAAAAGGACUGAAGAAUGAAUUGCUUUGGCUGGACCUGCCCCUUUGAACUAGGUCAGAGCAUCAUGUCACCAGGCUCCUGAUUGGCUAUCAUGGCGUGACUUGAAGCUGGAGUUCAGAUUUUUCCAACUCGAGCAGUAGACGCGAUAAGCGCGAAUACACAAAAUGCACCACACAAACUGCAGCACGUAUUUUCGAUCGCAUCAGUCACGCUAAUUGUUCGCGCGAAUCAGGCAGAAAAGAUUUUUCGCGACGCCAAUCUGCUUCUGAAGUUUUCUUCAAUCUGCUUCUCCUCCAUUGACUUUACAUGUAAACCUGAAGCUCUGGUUGCUUCUAUCGCAUUCGGAGUGUAUGCGCCGCAAGAUUGUACCGUGAUGCCUUGAAGGUCUUGAUGUUUGAAUUUCGAUAAAAUGGAAAACAAUUAUGCACUUAUACAGCCAGACAGGAUGACUCCUUGGGCAGACUUGUUAAUGAUGAUCAUGUGAGCCCAAACAGCAAAAUAAAGACCAUUACUGUGAAUGGACAGCCUCUCUGUUUAUUUGCAGUAACAGACAUCAAGCCGGCGGAAGAGAAUUUUGAGGUGGGCACCUGCAGGCAUCCAGCUUCAGUGAUAGGGAUGUGUCCAGGUGUGCAGGUGGAGACCUAAUUCACUAAACAUGGUGGAUAUAAGUGAUUUUUUGCGUGGCCGAGGGGUCCCCGAAGAUGCUAUUUUAUUAAUGGAAGAGCAGAAGGUGAGUAAAAAAAGAGAGAUACUUUGGUGUCUCUUAUUUUUACAGGAAAACAGUUACGGUACAGUUACGGUUAGCUGUUAGCAUGCUUGUUAGCUUAUAAUGUUAUAUAGGAAUGAACGUGUUUCACGAUGUUACAGUAUACUAGGUGAAUUGACGUUUUAACUGUUGUUGAUCGCAGGAUCAUCCCAGAUGGGUUCGUUGCAUUUUAUUUUAUUGUUCUACUAUUUCAUAGUUUUUCAAGGCAGUUAAUCCUUUAACUACCACGGGCCCGCCGACGGGCCCAGUUUACAGGCACUGUUUAAAUGAUGCUAACUCCGUCAUCGUUUAUGCUAGAGCGAAAAUGUGAACAGUUUUGAAAAGAAAAAAAGCAGGGCUUUAUGUGGAUAUGUGGUGCUUUACGCUAGCAUGAAGCAUACACAAGCUAAUCCUGUUUGAACACGGAAGGAAAACUCAGCCUCCAAUUUUACCAAGUGCGCAUUACGCACCGCAACUCUUCAAGCUUUUGAGCGAGUGAAAGCUGAGAAGACGAGCUUUACGAGACUUUACGAGACUUUAGGGGAUUUUACGAGACUUUACAGUUCAAAAGACUGUCCAAUCACAGACAAGUAUUGGUGACGCACGGAGCAGAGAGACCGUUGCGCACCUAAAGGAUCGGAAUUUUGGAAAAUCUUACAGUGAACAGAGAAAGAAGAGAGAAAAAAAUGUCAAGAAAAAGUGAAAGACAGAGAAAGCGACCCAGAAGGUUUAUAGAGGAGGAAAAGGACCUGGAUGAGGAACCAAGCUCGUCUGGAGUAGCUCCAUCUAAACAAAAGCAAGUUUCUGCUGUACAGACCUCUGUAAUGGAGAAGAGUUUCAGCCAGGGUCAGACUUGUCGACAGCUGGAUCAAACUUCUGGGAAUCUUAUUCGCUGGAAAACUACUGAAGACCCUGAUGUGGUUCCCCAGCAACCAAGGUUUAUCCCCAAAAGAACCCCUGGUGUACAGCCACCUCUACAUUGUGGAAAUCCAUCAGCUGGUGAAAUAUUUUCACAUUUUUUUGAUGCUGAUGUCCUCAAAAUGCUGUGUACAAACACCAACAAAAAUGCAGCAAGAAAUCUACAGAGAGGGAGGAGGUUUGAAUGGGAGGAGCUAACACCAGUAGAUAUACAGAAAUAUCUUGGACUGCUACUCUACAUGGCUAUUUUGCGCCUCCCAAAGAUUUCAGACUUUUGGAGGACAAAAACAAUUUUUCAAACUCCAUUUCCUGCCUCUAUUAUGUCCAGGAAUCAGUUUUAUGCCAUAUCAGCUAAUAUUCACAUGAGUGAUCCAGAUGAAGAUGUCGAAAAUGACAAGAAAAAAGGCAGUGAGUCUUAUGACUGUCUCCAUCGGGUCAGGCCUUUUCUUGAAAUGAUGAGGAUCCGAACCAUGUCCCUGUAUCAUCCGAGCCAGAAUAUUUCUGUGGAUGAGAGGAUGGUUGCUACAAAGGCCAGGUUGGGAAUCAAACAAUAUAUGAGAGACAAACCAACUAAGUGGGGGCUCAAGUUUUUUGUGCUAGCUGAUGUAAAUGGGUACACCAUAGACUUCAAGCUAUACACAGGAAAAUCCAAUGUGGCUUCUGGAAAUGGGCUCUCCUUUGAUGUGGUCACAUCUCUAAUCAACAAGGACUACCUUGGCUCUGGCUACAUCAUAUACUGUGACAAUUUCUACACAAGCCCCCUCCUCUUCCAUCACUUGGGCCAGCAGGGAUUUGGGGCUUGUGGCACCUACAAGCAAGGGAGAGCAGGUGUUCCAUCCACCCAAGAAAAUGCCCUAACUAAAAAAUCACCGAGAGGGUCUAUAAGGUGGAUUAGAGAUGGUGACUUAUUAUUUGUGAAGUGGAUGGACACCAGAGAAGUGUCAAUCUUGAGCAACAUCCACACUGUCUACACCGGUGACACAGUGUUACGAUGGCAGAAAGGGGAAGAUGGUGAGCGUCGAAGGGUCCCUGUCCCUAGGCCCGCAGCAGUGGCUGACUACAACCGCUACAUGGGAGGAGUGGACACGUCGGACCAGAUGCUGGGGACGGACUCAGUCCAUCGUAAAACCCGGAGGUGGCACAUUACGGUUUUCCAGCAUUUCCUGGACAUUGCUGUGACCAACAGCUACAUAAUUCAUAAAGAAUUAUGUGCCACACAGCAGCAGAAGCACCAAAGUCGCCAGGAGUUCCAGGAAGCCUUAUGUGCUCAUCUUCUUGGUGUUUCUCUGAAUCCUGAAUGUCCACCAGCACCCAGCACCAACCAUUUUCCUGUCCCCACAAGCAGCAUGGAAGGACAGUCCAAGGAAAGCAUGGCCACCCAGGGAAGGCGAAAGUGCACUCUGUGCAAAAGAAAAACUCCCUGGCAGUGUGAGCAGUGUGGGUCUCUGUCUCCAGGUGGAUAGGAACUGCUUCAGAGUCUUUCACACAGGCCCAAAAACGCCUGGACAUUUGUAAGAUAAAAAGGCCAAAAAAUGAAAAACUGAAAGAGCAGGGCUAAAAAACUUUAUUGUAUAUAUUUAUUAUAGUUCAAAUUGCAAGUUGAUGUUGUGUUAUAUAUUGUUCAUGUUGAAUAUCAGUUUCCACUUAAUUAUAAAUCUCAAAAAACAAAGUUCGUUUUUGGGGUUUUUUUCCCUUUAAACUGUUAUUCCAUUGUCAUAACAAUAAAAUAAUGUAAAAUGUCUGCCAGGUAUUGAAAGCUGAGGUUAUUCUGAAAAAAGGGGCAAAAGCAUUCACUUAUAGUAUGAUUUCUGGCCCUUUUACAGCCAAAAAUUCCAAAUAAGUCCAGGCGGCCUAAAUGAUGCUUGGUCAAUAAUUAAGCGGAGCUGUGUUACAGAUGCUAGCCGCCUGCCAAUAACACUGAUAUAUUUGAUAUUGGCAGUAAGUUACACUUAGUACAGCGGAGGAGAGAAACUGUAAUGAAUGUUUAUGCGGAUAUUUCACUCAGAAAAAUGGGUGGCGUUCAUACACAGCCACCGACACAGCCCCGGUUGUUGUUCUGACGGUGGCCGACUGACGAUCCCCUCACAACAUGUUAGCUAACACAAACUAAUGUUGUGCAUGUAACUGUGUAUACGUUAGUGGUACAGCGUCGGAAGAAAUGAGCAAACUGUUAACUGUUUAUAAUGUCAGAAUGACGUCAUCGUUCUCCUGCACUGUGUAAUGUAUGUCAGCUCAAGAAGGAAAUCAUAUCUUAUACUCUGAGCUGCCCAGUGCACUUAACGCCUGCGUGUGGAAAUGGUAGGCUGCACUACAGUUCACUACCGGUAAAAAAUAAACUUAAUACAGUAUUUGGGUUUUUUUUUUUAUAGAACAAUAAAAUAAAAAGUGCUGGCUGAGGAGCGCUGCCGCGUUGAACUUUGACCUCGGAGUGACGUGGUCGUUUGUUUGAACAACCAGUCGUUUGUUUGAACAACCAAUAGAAGUGCAGAGAGUCGCAAAUCAGGCAUAUUGGUCGCAUAAACACAAAAAUAAAUAAAUAAAUAACGAAAUAAUCCCGAUGUUGUGCCAAAGUGUGAUUUGCAAUGUUACUUUGUGUUCUAUGUGUAAUACCUUUGCUUAAAUGACUAGAUGGACUGUGUAUUUAUGACACUGUGUUAUAGUCCUACAUACAUGAGUAACAUUCAUAUGUACAGAUAAAAAUGUACAGAGAUAUGUACACAAGCGUGUACACAAAAGUCUACUGCUGAUCGAGCUGCUCAGUGUUCGUACAGUCUCAUGCAGAGGGCGUGGAGGUGUUGUCCAUGGUGGAUGUUAGCUUAGACAACAUCCUCUCCUCCCCAGUCUGCUCAGUGGAUUUUAGCGGACCGCUAAAGCUGGCCCUCCCGACCAGUUUGUUAAGUUUCCCCCUGUCCCUCUCUGCCAUUCCACCACUCCAGCAGACCACAACAUAAAAGACAGCAGACGGCACCACAGUGUCGUAGAACAUCCUUAGAAGACGUACUACCUACAUCAUAACCAAUCAAGUCCUGCCUUUUUUUAAAUACAGAUUAGGAUUUACUAUUUACUGAAAGGCUAUGCAUUAGUUUGCUUCUUUCAUUAUUGUGUUUUGCCCUGCAUAAAAUAGAUAGCUUUCCUGAUAACUACAGUCAGUACUCUCCUGCUGCCAUUAGCGGUGACCUAAGAGGCUUAACCAUAAUAUUGCUUUGCAGUGUAAAUGUUUCUUCUUCUGUGCAGAUUGACUGUGAUGUCAUAGCACUGAUGGACGACGCAACUUUGGCAAACUACAUUCCCUUGUAUGGAGACCGAAUUGCCCUCUUCAAUUUCUGCAAAAGCAAGCAACCACUGUCAAAAAGAAAACUAGGACUUCUGCAAAAACUUCGUGAGAAAAUGAAAACCAGAAAAGAAAGUCCAAAGGAGAGCACUUCACAUACAGAUGCAGGAAUAAGACAGACAAAGAAGCAAAAAGCAACACAAAAUGUUGAGAUAGGAUGGAUACAUAGUGAUGGAAAAAUAGCCAAACAGGUGAGAGCGAAGCAGGGAGGUGGCACUAGAAAAAUUCAAAUGGCCACUGAUGCUGGAUUAAAAGAUAUUCUUCAAGAAGGAAAGAAACUUUUUUUUCCUGAUGGCAUAUCUCCUAAGGGAUGUGAAACAGAUUUUGAGUUUGAGGUUUGGGACUUUAAACAGAACCACGUUACUGAUGAUACCUGCCAGUCUAUUGGCAAUAUGUAUGAGGCAGCGAGACUCACAAUGUUACGCUUCUACAUUGCAACAAAACCAAAAGAUCCUGAAGAAGAUGCCAGCGAGACAUCAGAAGUGGUGUUUGUCUCAGAAAGCAGUGGCAGUGAUAUUAAUCCAUUGCAAGUGGGGGAAGUCAGGGGUAAUUUUGAUGAAGUCAUCACUGGUUCAGAAAUUUCAGAUGAUCCAGAAAUAACUUUUGGUCCAAUUUUUGAUGCUGAAGAAGAUACAGAAGACACAUUAGUCUAUGAGGGUUUUCUUGUACCCCUCAGUCCACCUAAUUCAGAGAACGUAAUAACAAUCACCAUACGUCAUACUGACACUUUACAUGACAUGAUUACUGCUUUCUCUGAUGCAGAGAUUUUGAGAAAAACACUGAAUGUGAAGCGCAUACUUCCAGACAACACAGAAGAACCAGGCACUGGAUCAGGAAUACUAAGAGAUGUACUCACAUGCUUCUGGCAUGAAUUUUAUGAGCGAUGCACCCUAGGUGCAACAGUUAAAGUGCCAUUCAUUCGCCAUGA